AUGAAGCUGCUGCAGGACAGGAGUGAUGUGGUGGGCAGAAGGGGUCCUGGUGAUAAUACAGGCAGCAGAGUUCUGGACGUGUUGGAGCUUGCGAUGAUCAACUCUGAGAAGGAGAAGGAUGAUAUCAUUCAGAGGCUGAUGAAAACAUUUCCUACACUGGAAUCAAAGGUCAGUGAAAGCAUUGCUCAGCAGACAGAGUGGAAGAAGAAUAAUGAAUACAUCAAACAGCUCGUGCAGGUGAAACAAACAGCAGAAAGCCUGAAGAAACAGCUGCAGUCCCAAACUCAUGAGUCUGAGGAGGAAACUAAAACCAUACAUCAGCUCCAGCAGUUGGAACAAGCAGCAGAGAUCCUGAAGAUUCAGCUGGAGUCCAGAAAUCAACAGAUGAUCAAAUCUGAGAGGGAGAAGGAUGAAACCAUUCAGAAGCUGAUGGAAAUAUUUCCUGCACUGGACUCAAAGUGGAAGGAGAAUACUGACAUCAUCAAUCAGCUUCAGGAGGUGAAAGAAACAGCAGAGAAACUGGAGCAGCUGGAGAAGAAAAAUCUGGAGCUCCAGGGUGAGACAGAUAGUGAAAUCAUCAAACAGCUCCAGCAGGACAAAAACACAGCAGAGAACCUGAAGAAUCAGCUGGAGUCCAAAAAUUGGGAGAUGCUCUGGGCUGAGAAGACGAGAAAUGAUGAAACUGACAGAAAACUCAAAGAGUUGGUAAAGCAGCUCGAGGAGAAGAAGACAAAAACUGAGCAAAAUCUCAGUGAGGUUACAAUCACACAUGAGAACAAACCUCAGACACCAAAUAACUGUUAG